AUCUUUUUCCUUAUUCAAAGAGUCAAACAACAACAACAACAACAACAACUGGAUAAACUCUCGCACGGCUGUUUGUGGUGAUUUCCUGCAGAUACAGUGAAAACUGUCCAGGUCAUUCUGGCUCCUGAAUAUCAGACCAGAGAGGAGUUUCUACAAUUUUAUGCAGUGAAAUGGCAGGAGCCAAUAUUUCAGUGGAUCAGGAUCAGUUCACUUGUUCAGUGUGUCUGGAUCUCCUGAGGGUUCCAGUGACGAUUCCCUGUGGACACAGUUACUGUAUGAGCUGCAUCACUGACUGCUGGAAUCAGGAGGAUCAGAAGAGAAUCUACAGAUGUCCAUUAUGCAAACAGACCUUCACACCAAGACCAGUUUUAGCUAAGAAUGUGGUGAUUGCUGAGAUGGUGGAGAAACUGAAGAAGAUGAGACUCCAAUCUGCUCCUGCUGCUCCUCCUGCUGCUCCUCCUGCUGCUCCUCCUGCUGCUCCUCACACUGGAUCUGGAGAUGUUCAGUGUGACUCCUGCACUGGAAGAAAAAAGAAAGCAGUGAAGUCAUGUCUGGAGUGUCGAAGCUCUUACUGUCAAAAUCACCUUAAACAGCAUGAGAAUCUCUUCAGUAAAAGACACAAUCUGAUGGACGCUACUGGACGACUGCAGGAGAUGAUCUGUCCUCAACAUGAUAAAAUGCUGGAAAUUUACUGCCGUACUGACCAGCGGUGUAUCUGUAUGCUGUGUUUGGUGGAUGAGCACAAAAAUCAUGACACGGUGUCAACUGCAGCAGAACGGAAAGAGAAACAGAGAUAUUAUAUGGAAACACAGAGAGAAUUCCAGAAGAUAAUCCAGCAGAGAGAGGAAGAUCUUCAGCAGCUGAGAGAGGCUGUGGCGUCUCAUAAGCGCUCUGCACAGACCGCAGUGGAGGACAGUGAGAGGAUCUUCACUGAGCUCAUCCGCUCCAUUGAGAGACGUCGCUCUGAGGUGAAGCAGCUGAUCAGAGAUCAGGAACGAGCUGCAGUGAGUCGAGCUGAAGAAAGACUGGAGCAACUGGAGAAGGAGAUCAAUGAUCUGAGGAGGAGAGACGCUGAGCUGAAGCAGCUUUCACAAACAAAGGAUCACGUUCAUUUCCUUCAGAGUUUGUCAUCUGUCUCUAGAUUAACAGCCUUAGCUGUCAGUUCUCAUCUGUCUCUUGAUGCUGUAGUGAAAACUGGAUUUCAACUCAGAGAGGAACUGCAGCAGUUCUUCAGAGAGACUGUAGAAAACAUAUCUAAAAGAGUGAAAACCAUCCAGCACAUUGGCACUCCUGAAUAUCAGACCAGAGAGGAGUUUCUACAAUAUUCCCGUCUGUUGACUCUGGAUAUGAACUCAGUGAAUAACAAGCUCCGUGUGUCUGAGGGAAACGCAGUGAUCACUGUCACUGACACAGAUCAGGGUUAUCCUGAUCAUCCAGACAGAUUUGAUUCUUGGAAUCAGGCAUUGUGUGUGGAGAGAGUGACUGGACGCUGUUACUGGGAGGUGGAGUGGAGUGGUAAAGGGACAUUAGGUGUGGCUAUUGCAGUUGCAUACAAGACCAUCAGGAGGAAGGGAGAGAGUAAUGAGAUUUUAGCUGGAUGUAACAAUCAGUCCUGGAGAUUGUACUGUUCUCCCACUUUCUGCUCAUUCUUUUACAAUAACAUUGAGACCGUCCUUCCUGUAGUCAAUGUCUCCAGUAGAAUAGGAGUGUAUGUGGAUCACAGCGCAGGGAUUUUGUCCUUCUACAGCGUCUCAGACACAAUGAGCCUCAUCCACAGAGUCCAGACCACAUUCACUCAGCCGCUCUAUGCCAUGUUUGGAUUUGGUGGGUACUCAAUGGUGAAACUGUGCUGUCUAACCAAGUAAAUUAUAUAGAGGUUGUAUAGAAUAAUGUGUCAUAUCACAUAAUGAAUCAGUACCAGUAAGAUGUCAUGAGUCCUAUUUUCUUUUUAAAAAUGCCACUAGUGAAUGUGCAAUAAUCACAGUUCUAUUAAGAGUAAAAUUUCACAUUAAAUCAGUAUAAUAAUGACUGUAAGAGCUGAUAAUGAAUGCUGAAAAUUGGUCUUUUCUUGAAAUUUGAUGCAAAGCUUCUUUGACUGUCAAAAGUAGCUUUCAA